CAGAAGGGUCCUGGGCGCCGAGUCGGGGACAGCACUGCGUGCGGUUGGGAGCGCAGGUGAGGGCGUGAGCGGCAGGGCCGGGGGUGCGAAGGCCGGGGUUCCCGUCGGAGCUCCCUGGCGAGGCCGGGUGGAGCAGGCCUAGGUAGUGGCCCCAGGCUUGGGGUCCGCGCGCAGCGAUGCGGGUGCGUCUGGGCUCGCUGGCCGGCGCGGCGGCGCUGACCGGGGCGCUGAGCUUUGUGCUCUUGGCCGCCGCCAUCGGCACGGACUUCUGGUACAUCAUCGACACCGAGCGGCUGGAGAGGAGCGGGCGGGCGGCGCAGGACCGGCUGGGGGCCGCCAACCGCAGCCAGCCCGAGCCUCUGAGCUCCCACUCCGGCCUCUGGAGGACUUGCCGGGUGCGGAGCCCGUGCACCCCGCUGAUGAACCCCUUCUGGCAAGAGAACGUGACGGUGAGCGACUCAAGCCGACAACUUCUCACCAUGCACGGGACGUUUGUGAUCCUGCUUCCGCUCAGCCUGAUCCUGAUGGUUUUUGGGAGCAUGACGGGGUUCCUGAGCUUCCUCCUCCGUGCCUACCUCCUCCUUCUGCUCACGGGGACGCUCUUCCUGUUUGGAGCCGUGGUGACCCUGGCCGGCAUCAGCGUCUACAUCGCCUACUCGGCCGCCGCCUUCCGCGAGGCGCUGUGCCUGCUGGAGGAGAGGGCCCUCCUGGACCAGGUGGACAUCCGCUUCGGCUGGUCCCUGGCCCUGGGCUGGAUCAGCUUCGCCUCGGAGCUGCUCACCGGGGCGGCCUUCCUGGCGGCGGCGCGCGUGCUCAGCCUGCGCCGUGGGCAGGACCAGGCCAUUUGAGCCCGGCUGCCUCCUGCUUCAUCGGGCCCGAGUGCAGGUGGGCGGGCUCGGAGGACUCUGGGGCCCCGGAGCCUUGAGGUUGGGGGCUCCCUGGGGGUUCCCCUGGGCCAGCAAGUCUGGGACCACUGAUGUCAGUGAUGACAGCCACCAGUGUCCUGACGCCAUGGUCCUCACCGUGAGGUCACUACCGCCUUCACAUGACGUCACCACCACAGUCGACACCUACUGCGCAUCUGCUCUGCCCCUGACUAUUCUACGAGCAGAGCAGGUCAGACGGUCAUUCAACAAAUACUUGAUGGCGGCCACAGGAUCAGGGACUCUGGCACCCAACCCUCCUUGGUCGCUGGGCUGUCACAGGACGGGGGAGAGGGGCAUGUGGGAUAGACAGCCGGUGAUGGAGACUAGGGAGCUAAUCCGAACAGGGUACAGACAGAGAAACUGAGGCACAGACAGGUUAGGCCUAGGCACCAGCUUGAAGGCACAAAGAAAGAAGGCUGCAACCUGGAGCACAAUUUAGGCCUGGCUGACUCCAAGGCUGUUGUGUCUCUCCCAUCUCCGCCUGCACCACUCAGCCACCAUUGUCUGCAGCUUUUUUUGUUUAAUGGGAUCGACACAGCAUGGGCGCCAGGCUGGUGAGUUUCCGCCGAGCGAGGCCGACCAUGCUAAGAAAGGGCGGUCUUUGCUGCCACCUGCUGGUCACAGGGCGGAACUUCGUCAGCGGCCGGACUUGAUUGCCAAUCAGCCCAGGACGUUGGGUUGCGGCCCUAAAGGGCCGCGUUUCUCAAGCCGGGCGAUUUUCUCUCCGACCAGGAGUCCUGGCUAUGUGAGAGACAGGUCAGCUGGCUUCUGGUGGGCGGAGAUUGGAGGCCCCACAGCAGCAGUGGUCUCGGCCACUCACUGAGGGAGCCUUUACCCGAGGCUGCUGCGUGUCAGACCCGGGCGCCCUGAGGGGAGGGCGGAGAGACCCGUGCCCCGGCCCGCUUCCAUGGAAACAGACGAUAAACACGCAGACCAGUGAAAUGCAGGAAGGAGUCCGUAGUGGACAGUGUGAGGAAGAAAAUAAAACGGUGGGGAGACAAGAGCGGUUGGGAGGGACGCUGCAGGGGAGGACGAGACCGGAGGCCCUGGGGUGUGAUUGAAGGAGACAGGGGAGUUGAGGGAGAGCAGGAGGAGGGAGGGGCGGGAGGGUUGUGCCAAGACCCAAGGGCGGAAGUGCGAGGUCCCUUUCUGCGGCUCCAUUUCGGGGAGAUUCACGCUGAGAGCCAGAGGGGCCUGCAGAGGUUGCCGGCAGCUGGGUCUGCGGUGCACUCACCCAUGGAGGCACACCCACACCCACAUCCACCCGUCUUCUUAUCCACCCACCUGUCCACCCACUCACCCAUCCACCUGUCCAGCCGCUCAUCCGUGCACCCAUCCAUCCACUCACCUACCUCUCCACCUACCCACCCACUCGCCCACCCACUCACCCACCCGACCACCCAUACUUUCAUCUAUCCACCUAUCCUCUCACUUGGUUCCUCACUUAUUUUUAUACUGACGUGUGCAUCCAUUCAUUUGUUUUUUUGUCCAUCCACUCACUUAUAUAUCCAUCCAUUCUUCAUACUCUUACUCAUUCGAUGGUUCCUGCCAUCAUCUGUUCACUCACUCAUUCAUAAUUCAUCAGUCCACUCAUCCACUCACUCGUGCUCAUUCACUUUCUCACUCUGGGUUCUUUCAUUCAUGUAUUUGUUCAUUCAUUCACUCAUUCAUUGACUCACUCAUUCACAUGCAUCAACAGAAGGUUAUUUGGGUCUGAUGUGGCAGACACUGUUUGAAGCACUGAGGGAUUUAGCAGUGAACAAAAAUGACAGAGAACCUGCCCUGAGAAGCCAACACCCUGGUGUGUGUGUGUGUGUGUGUGUGUAUGUGUGUGACACACAGACAAUGAACAUCGCCACUGUGUCUUGGUUAGAAGUUCUGUGACGCAGACAUGCAGGGGCGGGGGACUGGGGUGAACAAUGCAAUGGAUGUGGCAUCCUGUCCAGUCCUCUGCUGAGCAGAUCCGAAGAGACCAGUGACUCGAGCUCCUGAUUUCACUCCGACUUGCUCACUCAGUGUUCACCAGGCCUCUGAGGGAGGCCAGGGGAGGGGUCUCCCUGGGGCCAAUGGGCAGGGGCAGAGGGAGGACCUGGCCUUGUCCGGAUGCUGACUCUGGUGCCUGUCCUGGAGGGGAAGCCGGGGCAGACACAGGAUCCUGGCACAGCCCAGGGUGCCCUGAAGCCUGCAGAGCUGGCCCGCUGCCUGCCUGGCUGGCCAGGAGCUCGAGGGGCACAAAGGGCUGGCCUUGACAUGCUGCAGGCCAGAGACGUGGGCUGGGACCCAGUCCCGGGCCCCAGCGCCCCUCCCCAGCCCCCUCCUGAGAGCAAACAGACUGGGUUUAAUUUACAGCGGGACGGGGAGUGCUCUGCGGCCUUGGCUUCUCCUCUCAGUGAAUUUCCACUUGGCAUCUUUGCAGCCAGGACACCCAACAGCUGGACUCUGGUGUCAGGCCUCAGCGAGCACUGGAGCAGACUCCUAAUCCCUGCCUUCCUCCCACAACAGCCUGCACCUUUUCAAAUAUUUACCAGUGAGGUUCCCUCCGGAGCAGAUGGAGGAAGGGGUAGGCUGGCGGGGAGAGAGGAGAGAUGGGACACGCAUGGGGCAGGAGACACAGGGAUCCCAGAAGGACAGUCGGCGCCGCCUGACGCCAGGAACACAUUCUGAGAAACGCCUUUGUGGGGAUGUCACAGAGCGCAUGCACCCAGCAUCGGAGGGGGCAGCCGGCCACACACUUGGGGUUCACCCCCUUGGCAGAGCCUGCUGCCCCUGGGGCCAUCAGAGAGUAAAUUGAGCCCAAGAGAAAAGGAUGCAGUCAGAAGAUGAAGGCAACACGAACUGUACCGGGCUGUGGCUGGCGUGACCCAGCAUCCGGUUCAUAGAACACUUUUUCCUGAUAAGGACAAGGAGCGCCCUCUAAAUAAAACAUUGAGAAAAAGUCUAUCUGAACAGCUCAGCUCCCCCGGGGCCCGGGAGGCAACCGCGUUGGGGGAACAGCAGGGGGGUCCACACCACUGCACACCUAGGGCCAGGCCCAGCCCGUGCCCAGCGCCAGCUUGGCACCCCACCCGUCUGAGACCUGGAGAAGUAGCCCAGGGGCCACCAUGGAGACGGCCAAGCAGGUCCGGGUGGGUGGAACGAAGGGGAAGGUGCUUGUCCAUCUGUCUGCUGGUCACCACUGCCCCAGCCUCAUUGAGUCUCCAUGAGCAACCAGGGCAGGAGGUUUCCAGUUUCUGGACUCCAGCUGGAUGGGGUGGCUUUGGGGCAGUCUUUGUCUCCCUUGGGCCUCAGUCUUCUUUUCUGUACAACUGGCCCGUUGUUCUCUGCCCCGUCCACCUCCCCAAGCUCUUCUGUCACAUUCAACAGCACGAGUGUCUCCUGAGAGCUCUUCCUGAACCAAGUCCUCAGCUAGCUGCCAGGGAUGCAAUGGUGACAAGCCAGCAGGGCAUCACAGGUCCCAGCAGAGAAGCCGUUGUGGGUAUGCUGUUGGGUCUAGGAAGUGCUCCUGGGGGAAGGCAUCACCUUGCCAUGCUGUACUCUGGCAGUCAGGGUUCUCCCAUUGCAGAUUCUCCUCAUGUGCUGGGGCCCUGGCUGGGAGGCAAAAAUGAAAGGAGAGUUUUGGUACGAGGCGCUUGCUGGGGCUGGCAAUAGAGGAUAUGUGCUCCAUGGAAGGAGGGAGGGUGCUGGCUAGGGGUCGGGCAGCGAGCACUUGAUAACUCUUCUGCUUCCCUCCAGACCCACCAGGAAAGCUCCUUCCCAUCUGGCCUCAGUUUCUCACCUAUCCGACAACACAUGCACAUGUCACAGGAGGGCGGGUCUGGUGCCUGGGAGUGACAGGACUGUGCCCUACGGCGACCUCUGGGUGGUUGCUAUCACCUGCCUGCUGCCACCUCCAGGGGGUGCUUGCUGUGCCCUCUGGGCUGGGCUGGGCCACCUAGCCCAUGUGCCUUUCCUAUGCAGAACACCUUAGUAUUUCCAGAGCAUGCCCUGUGCCCUCUCUCAGUCUUCCUGUAGUCCCAUCCCCAUCCCCUGGGGGCUCAGUGAGGACCAGGUAGCCCUGAGCUCCCAGGCUACAAGAGGCACAGCUGAGACUUCAACCUGGUCUUCUGACUGCAGGGUUGAGCCACCCACUCCCGUCUCCCCACUGACAGCCUCUCGGUGCCCACUUGACACCCGAAGGGUCUCUGGAGACUGGUGUGGCCCUUGGCUACCCUGUGUGGGCUGCCUGGUCUCAUUCAGGGCAUCCUCUUGAGCACGGCAUGGGCUCUGUUACCAUACUGACAUUCGUUCCACAGUCAUUUCUAUUUCCUCAAUUAGAAAUGCUUAAUUAACAGAAUGCUCAAAGCCCCAGAAGAGGAACAAAUCCACAGUCAGAGAGCAGCUUCCCCACUCCCCUCCAAGAGCCCCCUUUCUUGGUGGGGUUCAUGCCCUCCUGCAUCUGGGGGCUGCUGGGUCCUUGCUUGGAAGUAGCAGCUUUAUGGAGCUCCAGUGAUGAGCCGACCACUCACCUGGAAUUCUUGGAGCAGCUCCUGGCUUUUCCUGCACUCCCGGGGCUUUGCUCCUGAUUCUGCAUCCUGCAAGAGAGGUAUCGGAGCUGGGAGGGAGGACAAGCACAUCUGACCUGCUACCUUUUGCCCCCGGGCCCUGCAGAUGGGUGGCCUGCUCAGGAACCGUGGUUUAGUGGCCCACAUGAAUAAGGAUCCCUUGUGGGUUCAAGCCCCUCUCCCAAAAGAUACACUGAAAUUGUAACUCUGGUACCCAUGACUGUGAUUUUACUCAGCAAAUGGGUCUCUGCAGGUGUGUGAUGACAGAGCAUUAAGAUGGUGCUUCCAGGCCUCCACCUCCUAGCUGCACCAGCAGAGGCUCUGGCCGAGCACUGCCUGCCUGUGGGUCUUCGAGCAAAAGAAAUGCUAUCGUUGGAUAAGACACUCAGCUUCGGGUGGUUUGUUAGGCAGCACCUGAUAAAAGGCACAGUUAGGCUGUGGAGUAGGAUGUUUGCAGCAGGCGCCCCUCUUCUUUUGGCUUUCACCACUGCUCAGCAGGUGCCCAGGAUUGCCCACCCGACGGCCUUCUCUGGCUGUGGGAGCCUGCAUGGCUGACACUGGAGCACGUGUGACGUGUGCAGUCAGUGCUAACCCUGGUGCAGUCACAGUGCCCAGCCCUCUUGUCUUCAGAGGGCCAACCCUGAGGAGAAACCCUAUGUGGUUUCCAAAGACUCCCUCAUGGAGCUGGGCCUCAAUUUCCCGCUCCAGUGCCCUGUGCUCCCACUUCUGUGCUCCCGAAAUCUGGAGCUUCCCAGACCACACCCCAGACACCCGCUCAACCCAGAGCAGGGCUCAAGGAGCUUCACCUAGUGACCUCAGAACCCCAGGCCUCUCUGGAGUGGAUGUAGCUUCCUUGGGUGUCCUCUAUGGUCUCCAGGCUGGCAUCCAGAAAUUGACUCAGUUUCCCACAGCCACUGGGGCACACCCAAAUGACGCACCUAGUAUAAAGGGCAAUGGGGACAAAAUGCACCAAGGACUUGGCUGGCCUGGGGACCGGACGUGUGGGUAGAACGGCACCUGAGGUACUAGAAGGGUUCUUGGAGGAGGAAAAAGAAGAAAAUAGGGGAAGCAUAGCUCUUUAUUAAGCUUUAUAUGCAGAGCACUGUUGUAUUUGCUCGUCCUCUGGGCUGGUGUCUUAUCAGACAUGCUGCACAUCUGUGAGGUCAAGGAGAAAGUCAUUUUUAUCUGAAGUAGAGAAAAAGUCUUGCUGGUUACAGGGUGAUGCAAGUCCUCGAGCAUCUAUCUCCUGCUCCUUGGAGCUCCGUAGACAUCUCCCUUCUCCUGUACAUGUUCCCUGGCCAUUGACGCCCACAGGUACUGUCUGCUGUCAGAUUCUGCAGAAGUCGAGCUGCAAAGUAUCAUGAAAUGAUGCCAAUUAAACUGCAGGCCCUCAUACUUGGCUUGAAAAGCAGGGUGGCUGAGUUGAUGCCCCAGGGCCAGCUGGGUGCUUCUGAGAUGGGAGGAAGGGGAGGGCGGUGGUCAGCACUCCGGGCUCUAACUGGCAUUUCCAUCCUGAUCUCUCAGACAGGCAGAGGGUGAGCCACAAAGGCAGCGGUGGGAAGCUGAAGAAAAACCUGGCAGGAAACAAGAACCUUACCAGAUUAGCAAGUGACCAGAACCAAGACAUCAAAGGACCUGGAUAAAAGGGAGGAGAUCACUCGGGGGGGAGUUUAAAUACAGGCAGCUUAAGUGGCCACAGAGAGCUAGAUUGAGCGAUGAAAGAUGACCUCAGAGUCACAGCUCAGAGGCCCAGGGAGCAGCUGGCACGGGGAACCGGAGCUGUGGGAAGGGACAAGGGCUUUGCCUUCAGAGGAGGCGAGUCCUCAGGAGCAGGAGGGACCCCAGCUCACACCCCCUGCUUUUGUUUUUCGUCUUCAUUUUGAAAUAAUUACAGGUCCACAGGAUGUGGCCACAAAUAGCCCAUGAAGUCCUGCAGAGUCCUCACCUGUCUUUCUCCAGUGGUGACAUCCUGUACAAGGCAGUCUUUCAUUAAAGCAAAGAACUGGGCUCCACAA